AUGGACAUUUUAGAAGACAGAGUACCUUUAUUGAACUUGGAUGACUUUGAAGAAGAGUCGUCUUCUGGUUAUGACUCUCCAGUAUUUGUAUCCGACUCGGAACCUAGUUUGUCAUCAUCAGGAGGUGAAGCAGAUAACAGCAACAGUUGUUCAUCUUCGGAAAAAGACAUUUCAAGUGAAAGUGAUGAUGAUGGUGAUGAUUUAGACGACCUUGAAGAUCUUGGCGAUACUAUGCACGUGACCAGUACAGAAACAGUAGUCAACAAUAUCAAGUACAUCUUGUCAAUGCCACAACUUUGUGAUGUUACAUUUGAAAUUGGAUCACAACGCUUCCUUGUCCAUGGUUUAAAGGCAGUAAUUGGGUCAAGAAGUAAAGUUCUUCAAGAUAUGAUUCUACAACAGAAUAGUCCACAGGUCCAAAGAAAAACGAAGAAAAGCAAAACCCAAAGCAUACCCAUACAUAACUACGACAUUGAUGUGUUUAGACAAGUCAUCAACUUUGUACACACCGGAAGUGUUGUUAUGGACAUAACUACAGUCGUUGGAAUUACAUGUGCUGCUGAUGAAUUUGAUGUUCCAGAGUUAAGUGAUGCUUGUUGGGAGUAUUUGAGACUUUGCUCUGCUACAACAACCAACAUCCCCGUACUUCAGAACGAGACCGACAGAUAUUUUGGUCACCGUGCUGCAAAGAAGAUUAAGAGCAUGCUUUUGCAGGAAGUGAGUCCACAAAGAAGAAAAGAAACUGCUGUUUGA